AUGAAUAUUAUCGGCAAAUUGUCAAGAUCAAUUGACAAUAUAACGGUAAAAGCUGAACUGUUUCGCAAGACCAACGGCUACACCCCGUUUAUCUACAAAUUCACCAUGGACUUUUGUGAGCUGAAACGCAAUCCGCAACGUCAACCGGUCAUGACUAUAUUCUUCAAAUAUUUGGAGCAGAAUAGUAAUUUGAAUCACACCUGUCCAUACGAUCAUGAUAUCAUCUUGAAAAACUUCGUUAUGCCGGAGGAAGUGUUGAUGUUGCUGCCAUAUCCCAAGGGCGAUUAUAUGGUACAGUUAGGCUUCGCUGCAUACAAUGAAUGGGUCCUUACUGUGAAGGCAUUUGUGCAGAUAACUGAUUGA